AUGUCGUUCGGCUCUUAUAUCGUUUCAGGUGUUACCUCCUUUGUGGUGGUGACCGUCUCCCUCUUUGCAGUCGGCCAGAAAGUGCCUCGCGCUGCUUUCGCUGCACGGUGUCUUGCAUCCUACGGAUCUCUCCUCGUUUGUGCCGCAUACGGCGUGGUCGCCUCGAUUUGUCUGCGCUUAGCUGGAUAUGGCCGCAUUUCGCAAUGGGCAACAGGUCGCAGCUUCAAGUGGAUGAUGCAGUUGACGACUGGUGUCAAGUUUGAGGUUGUCGAAGGCGCAGAAUACCUCACCACUCGCCCGGCCGUCUUCAUUGGCAACCACCAGACCGAGCUGGAUGUCUUGAUGCUUGGCUCUGUCUUCCCUCCAUACUGCAGCGUCACUGCCAAGAAAUCCUUGCGAAACAUUCCCUUCCUGGGCUGGUUCAUGUCUCUGUCUCGCACUGUCUUCAUUGACCGUGCCAACCGGGAGACAGCCCUCAAGGCUUUCGAUGGUGCCGCCGCCGAGAUGCGCGACCAUCGCCAGAGUGUCUUCAUCUUCGCCGAGGGCACGCGGAGCUACUCCGAUGAACCUACUCUUCUGCCUUUCAAGAAGGGUGCUUUCCAUCUCGCUGUCAAGGCCGGUGUGCCCAUUGUGCCCAUUGUGACGGAGAACUAUUCGCACGUGAUGUCGCCUCGUGCCUUGCGAUUCAACGCUGGUACAAUCAAAAUUAAAGUUCUGCCUCCCAUCCAGACUCAGGAUUUGACAUCGACCGAUGUAGACCAGUUGACCCAAUCUACACGGGAUUCCAUGCUCAAGACUCUUGCGACAAUGUCCCACACACAGAAGAAUGAGGCUGACGCUUCUUGCACUAACGGUGUCUCUAGCGCCGUCGAGAUCUAA